UUCUCAGUACUGUGUUCUCAUUAUUGCUCUUUUAUUUUGAAAGAAAAUAACCAUGAAACUGUUGUUUUCCUUUACUGUGCUUGAACCCUCUCAAGUAUGAAACGCAAGUUAGGAGCAGGAUUAUUGGUUAUAUUUCUGUAUUGUCUUCAUUAUCCUUUCAGUUGAGAUACCAAAUGUUGUAAAACAUUUUCAAGUGUAACUAUCAGAUUUUUGAAUAGGAACUGUGAAUUUGGGGGAAAAAGUGCUACUCUUUAUAAUAAUAAAAAGGAAUAUAUUAUUUUAUAUUUUAUAUUAUUUAUCUUCCACCUAAGGGUUUUGGGACACUUUUUUUUUAGUUGAAAUUGAAAUAUUAUCUAACCUGGAGUUAUCAGGGUGUUUGGAGACUUAGUAAAAUUAGUGCUUCACAAUUAUGGAAGAUUUGUAAAUUGUAAGAAUUCUAAGAAUUCUGACAGAUUAGGGAAGUUGUGUUUUGUUAUACCCAAGUGUUAUACCCAUGUGCUUUGGGCACAUGCAUGUGACAAUGCAUUUUGUAGUGUGAUGCUUCUCUGCUUCAUGUGGAGAAUACUUUGAACUUUGUUAUUCAUUAAAAAUUCUUCCUACUUUGUCUGGGUGAAAAACUUAGUAACACUAUGACUAUAAGCAGUUACAAGGAGAGUGGUACAUCUUUGUCCAGUAUUAUGCCUCAGACAUUUUUUAACAGCAAAAGCUUCUGAGAAAGGUGGUCUAGAAAUCAGCAUUGUCAUGGACAACUUUUGUCUUCUGUGCAUAAGGAAAAGUCUUUUAUCCAGUAGCAUGCUUAUUGUUGUAAAAUAGGAAUUAUUUUAACUUUUCACUUAAUCCUGUCAAAUGGAGUAAAUGUUUUCAUUAUUCAUACAAACGUAGCCCCUUUUGUGUGUACCUUGUUGAGCUCUUUACAUAAUAAAGGCCCUGUAGAAAUUGAGAUCCCACUAAUUGUAGAUGUAGCAUUGCCCUCACCUGGAUCCACUGCAUUGUGAUUUUGCUGAAUUUGUAAGGUAAUGAAUGAAUGAAUGAGAGUACCUCACUGUCCUUCAUUCUCCUCAGCAUUUUAGCUACAACAUGUGUUUAUCUUGUUUAUUUACUUGUUCCAGCUGCUUCAUUUUCCCCUGAUUCCAUAGUCCUUCCAUGUCUCUAGUGGCCUGUCCCUGAGGUCAUCUGCUUUUUGCUAGAGUGACUUUAGAUGUGUGGUGAGCAUUGAGGACUAUAAACAUUUAAGAGAAAAUGUUAAAUGCCACUGAGAGGACUUGAUAAUAUUUUAACAGGAUUUGUUGGGGUCUUUUUUCCAAACAGGAAAUAGUCUGUAAAUGUGAAUAGUGAAGGAGCUAAGUCCAUGAGGACUUAGUCCAUUACAUCUAUGUGUCUGUCUUUAAUAUUGUCUACCUAACAAUAGUAGUACAUUAGUAGAAACACUUAACAAUAGUAGUACCUCAGUAGAAAUAUCUGGAGAAUGAAACUUUUCCUUUGUGAUGGUGGAAGAUGUUGAUAUGGGCAUUGCAUGGGAAUGGAUUUAUAAGAGGUGAUGGGAGAAGAGGUAAGGAGUCAUCAUCAUUUUCUCCCUUAAACAAGAUGAUUUGGGAACCCCAGAAAGUGGAGGUGAGAGUUGUGCUCAUUCGUUGAAAACAGAGCUUUGUAUUUGAGUACUGGAGCUGUUUCUGCCUCCUGCCUGUAUGUACAAAGCCCCACAUAAAUGUUCCUCAGCCAUCAGAGAGCUUCAGUUGGUUGUUCUGAAGCACUUCUGACAUCAAUAGGUGUUUAGGAACACCUGUUUGCUCACAUUGACACCCACCAACAGAGGAUGCUGGGGCUGUGUAGAGCUGAACUCGGUAUCAAAAGGAAGAAUGAUUUCUGGAAUGAAUGGAAAGCCAGAAGGGAAAAUGUUUUGUGUGGGGGGAAGAAACAUUACAUUACUACAGGGCUUCUGCCAAACAGCUUCAGCCUGCUGUGGGGUAUGUAUAGGGCUCUGCCCUUACACAUCUGGAAGAAUUGGACAGGAUUAACCUCCCCAUUACAAUGAGGCACUGAACAUGUUUUCUGUAUAUAGCUGUGUCAUCCAGGAGGCCUUCUAGCAAGACAAGGAAGACCUGCUGCAAAUUUACAAAAGGAUGAUGGCAGGGGAGAGGGAGAUACAAGGGAAAUUCCAAAAAGGCCCUCUCGGUUUGCUCAGGCAUACCUAGACUUGUCCUCCUUUGAGAUUUACCUGUAGCAUGUUCAUCAUUAAGAGGUUUUAUUAUUUUUUUAAAAUUAAUUUUAUUUUCCUUUGCAGGUCACCUUUUAAGCUGCUAUUUCCUGUAUAAUUAAGCAGAAUGAAGGCAUUAGGUUCUAGUAAAGUUGGGCCUAAUCCAGAAUCUUCUCUUAUUCAGUCCUUUCUGAGUAAGAAACUCAAGUCUGGGCCCAGCAUUUCACAUGUUUUGCUGUUACAUCUAAAUUAUUUGUGGUCUGUGGAUUUUUAUUUUUUUUUAACUACAUGAAAACUCCUUUGCUUUUGUCUAAUUUUAUCUCUUUAUGUGUCACUGUCCAGCAUAGCAUUAGUUGAAAUUAUGUAAGUAUACUGCAAAUUGAAGUGCAUAAUUGCUACUGAUAAUGCAAGAAUGAUUCCUACAGUUUAUAAUUAACAGUAUAUAAUGUUCUGUGCAUGGGUUGGAUCUGUCCCUUUUAACUUUUCCUUUCUGAUUCUUUCCAAUCCCUGGUCUUGCCGCAUCAGAGCCUUUAUGAAUGCGCUAGUUUCGCUGGAGUCUAGUCCAUUGUUCCUUUUGUUUUUCAGACCAGUAAAAAUGGGAAGUACUGGAUUCUGGUUUCCUCCAAGAAGAGUCAGCGGAACUGGUUAAGACCAAAAUCUGAGGACUUUAGUGGGCAAACAUCAGUCCCCUUUUGCUUUCUUUUACGACCACAUGAAACUUGAGAAGCCAUCUAAAGCUAAAUCAUUUAGUGGAGUUGGGCAAUUCCCAAGUGUCCAACAAGAAGGCCUGGUUUAGGCUGCGAUGGCCACUGUCAUUCCUGGUGAUUUGUCAGAAGUAAGAGAUACCCAGAAAGUCCCUUCAGGGAAACGUAAGCGUGGUGAAACCAAACCAAGAAAAAACUUUCCUUGCCAACUGUGUGACAAGGCCUUUAACAGUGUUGAGAAAUUAAAGGUUCACUCAUACUCUCACACAGGAGAGAGGCCCUACAAGUGCACACAACAAGACUGCACCAAGGCCUUUGUUUCUAAGUACAAAUUACUAAGGCAUAUGGCUACUCAUUCUCCUGAGAAAACCCACAAGUGUAAUUAUUGUGAGAAAAUGUUUCACCGAAAAGAUCACCUAAAGAAUCACCUACAUACACACAAUCCCAACAAAGAGGCCUUUAAGUGUGAAGAAUGUGGAAAGAACUACAAUACCAAGCUUGGGUUCAAACGUCACCUGGCUUUGCAUGCUGCAACAAGUGGUGACCUCACCUGUAAGGUAUGUUUGCAGACUUUUGAAAGCACAGGAGUGCUGCUGGAGCACCUAAAAACUCAUGCAGGCAAGUCAUCGGGUGGAGUGAAGGAGAAAAAGCACCAGUGUGAACACUGUGACCGUCGGUUCUACACCCGAAAGGAUGUCCGCAGACACAUGGUAGUGCACACUGGAAGAAAGGACUUCCUCUGUCAGUACUGUGCACAGAGAUUCGGGCGCAAGGAUCACCUCACGCGCCACAUGAAGAAAAGUCACAACCAGGAACUUCUGAAGGUCAAAACAGAGCCAAUGGACCUUCUAGAUCCCUUUACCUGCAAUGUUUCUGUGCCUAUUAAGGAUGAGCUGCUUCCAGUGAUGUCUUUACCUUCCAGUGAACUGACAUCAAAGCCAUUUACAAACACUUUGCAAUUAAAUCUCUACAACACUCAGAUUCAGUCCAUGCAGAGUUCUGCAUCUGCACACCAAAUGGUUGCCACAUCGUUACCAUUGGGAAUGCCUUGUCCAAUAGAUAUGGAGUCUGUCCACCCUUCUCACCAGCUAUCGUUGAAAUACCCACUCGGUACUACCUCAUACUCAAUUUCUAUGCCUGAAAAAGAACAGCCAUUGAAAGGGGAAAUAGAAAGUUACCUAAUGGAGUUGCAAAGUGGUAUGCCUUCUUCAUCCCAGGAUUCUCAAGCAUCUUCAUCAAAACUAGGGCUGGAUCCACAAGUAGGGCCACUAGAUGAUGGGUCUGGGGAAGUUUCCCUUUCCAAGGGCUCCGUUCCUAUUAGUGAACCUCUAAAUGCCCCAUCAUUGGACUUUUCUCAGCUGUUCAACUUCAUACCUGUAAAUGGCCCUCCCUAUAAUCCUUCUGUUUCAGUGGGAAACCUCGGGAUGAGUUAUACGCAAGAGGAAGCACAUUCUUCUAUGACUCAACUCCCACCACAAACCCAGGAUCCACAAGAUCCUAGCAAUAGUAUAGGUCUUGGGUCUCUGCACUCAUUGUCAGCAGCUUUCACAAGCAGUCUAAGCACAACCACCACCCUACCACGAUUUCAUCAAGCUUUCCAAUAGGAUGUACAAAGCUGGCUUGUUAACUGUCUAUUUGUAGAAAUGCCUUAGGUGACCAUUUUUAACUUAGUGCCUACUAUAAGACAUUAUGAAUUCUCUGCUUUUGUACAGUACCAAUCUCAUGAAGCCAGUAAGAAAUUUAAAUUAACUUUUUAAAAAUGUUUUGAAAGUGUUUAUUCUCAGCUGUGUUUACUUUGGUUUGUUGUUUUUUUUAAACAGUCUCAUUGUAUUGUUUUCAUUUUCACUGCCAAUUUACACAUUUAAAAUGUUCAGUAGAAAGUCAUCCCAAGCAAACUCACAACACUCAUCCCGUUUUUUAAACUUUUUCAACCAUACCAGCUAGUCUGUUUUAUUAAUGUCAGUGGUAGAACUGCCACUUUUACCUUUUAAUAUAUUCUACUAUUUGCAAAUAAUCCAUUUAAAAUAUGUAUCACAAGGAUUCCUGAGAUUUGGGAAAAAAAUCUGCAUUCUGUUUCCAAACAAAUCCUCUUCCCAAAUGGUGACACAUUUGACCUGUUCUAUGAUGACAAAUCUAAAUUUUUAAAAUUAAUAUAGAAUUCAGAUUUUUCUGAAAACUUGUGUGUGUAUAUAUAGAAGUCCAUAUAUACACAUGUACAUAUAUAUAGCAUUUUGACUUGUAUUGAAGUCAUUAUAAAAGUUGUUAAAAAUUUUGCCAUUUUCUGGCUUAAAUUUUGGUGGCCUGUUAUGGAUAACAGAAGAAAAAAAAAAUAGUGUAAUUCUCUAAAAUUAGGGCCAAACAGAAUUUCGACAGAAAAUCUCUGCUUGCCUAAAUGACAGAUGUUUCAAGUUGAAUUUGAAACUUCUGUUGUGCUUUCGUGACUCUGGUAUAGGGAAACAGGCAAAAUUAAUGGCUGAUCUUGAAAUACAAAAGUGUUGUAACGUAGUAAUGCAGAAUAUUUUGUCGCAGUUUUUGUUUGAAUUCUUAACUUGCUGUUUUUUUCUCUUUAGUAGCAUAGAGAGAGUACUGCAUAGGAACCUUCCAGUAGUGUGUUCACGGUUGUAGGCGUCAGUCUCCUCCCCGCUGCCACCGCCAAAGGGUGGAUCAAGUCCAGCCAGAAAGUGUGUACCUAUUUUCGAUUCAAAACUAGUGUGCAGUCAGAAAGUGAAUGUAAAUUUGCAACUACCAGUUUGUUUUGUUUUGUUUUUAUUGGAGUGAUCUUUUCAGUUGUGUUACAUGGUGUGUUAUGUCCUCCUAAGCAACAAGUUAGAUGUUAAUCACACUUUCUACACCUGGGUACUUGGUUAGGGACUUUUUGCCCAUUGCCAAGAUUUAAAGACAGGACUCUUAGGAGUGAAGUAAAAGCAUAUUGCUUACACCACUUUUACCUAAUGCAAUAUAUAUUCUAUUCCCCAAACCCUAAUAACCAAAAGAGGAAAAAAAAAAACCCUAAAAAAGCAACCAACCCUGUGAUGCAUAAAAGCAAACUAGAUUUGCUGUAAUUCAACAAUAACAUUAUUUUCCUUGUCAUUUUUGUACAAGGAAUUAAAAAAUGGAACUCAAGUACAUUAGUAUCUCUCAAACUAUGAAUAAUGAGAAUUCAUACAAGGUUUUAAGUGGUUAAACUAAAUAUACUUCACAGAAACAAAAGUUGCUCCCAUUUAAGGAGCUCAUGCUCCGGAUGUUUUAUCAGUAGCUCCUACUGGUUUUUUUAAUGCUAGGAGCAAUAUGCAGGUGUAGUUUUACUAUUUUAUACAUACGUGUAUUUAAAUUUUAUUACUGAAAAAUAACAUUUUUAUAAAUGUGUUUGUGUUCCAAAGGCAUUAAAAUAAGGAUGUAUUAAUAAGGAAAAUACCUUUUGAAAUUCUGCAAACUACUCCUAGAUUUUGGUUUUAGGAGCAGGUUCUCUCAAAGUGGGCGUUUAGCUCUGCUUCACGACUGCUUCCUCUGGUUUCUGUGAAACAGAUUGCUCGCUUGCUUACAUCUUUAGUUGAAUGAUUUGUUCAAUAUUGCUUUUUUUCCAUUCACCUUUCUAAAGGAAAGAAAAACACAGAUGAACAGAGCACAAGCUGAAUGCAACCGAAUGUAGCUCUAGUUUACAUGAACGACCGUAACGCAUCUAAGAAAAACUUGGAUUUAUUCUCAAUCCUUUUAAUCUGAGAUGAAGAUAAAUGGACUUAAUUCCUGCAGUGGGUUAUGUCCCGUGUGGAGCCGAGCAACUGCAACUCUCCCUGCCGCAGAGGAAAGCUGCAGGUGCUUGGCAUCCUGCAGCUGGCCCAGCAGCGUGGCCAGGCAGUGCUGCCCUCCCUGGGCAGCCUGUGACACACAAAUUUCUAGUCUGGAGCCACUUGUUAUCGGCCCCAGCUGCUGAAAGACCUUGUGAAAACCAAAACCCACAGACACUUUGCCAACGCCCGUUUCUUAGUGCGUAGCCAGAACCCUUACUACCUUGUUUGUGCCUUAGCUUCCUGAAAAGGGAUUGACAUUUCACUUGGCGUUAGAUAUACAUUUCACUUGAUAAAUAGAGACCUCAGACAAGAUAUUGAACCUCAUUCAGUCAGGGUUUCAGUGGGUGGCUGCACCCAGAGUGUUUGCAGCUGAACUAGGAUGUAGGGUAACAUGGAAGCAGACUGACCCUUAAAGCAAUACCAGCACCACCAGAGUGCUUUUGAGCAUCACUUAGGCAGAGUCACUAUUGGCCACUACUAAACCAUCAGUUUUUAAAACCCGUUUUCUUGAUUUCCCAUGGAUUCUUGGUGGGAGGGGGGAGGGCUGGCUGAUCAUGCACCACUCUUUGUGCAACUUCUAAACUUCUAGUAAGGUUGUUUUGUUGUUGUUUUUUUUUUUUUUAAAUAUAUAUAUUUUUGUGUACUUGUUGCUUGUGCUUUAUUUAGUAGUAAAUUGUGGAAUAGAGUGAUUUAUUGUUAAUUUGGCAGUAGCGGUUUUUAAAAACCAUAUACUGACUGAAACAUGAGCCAGAGCUGAUUGCUUUAUUAAGCUAAUAAUGAAUGUUAAGAGUACAUAUUUUCAGGAUCAUUUGCCUAGUGAGCUAAACUUGUAUUAUAGGCCAAUAUUUUUUAAAAUAAAGCUUGGUCAACCUCUAUGUUACACAUAUUACAAGAUAUAGCACUUUCAAAAAGAAAACCUAAACCUUUUAAGAAAAUUUCUUACAGGUUAUGCUUUUUAUUAUAAAACCUUUUAUUAUAAUUUGUUUCAAGUGCCAUUAGAUUACAUAUAUGUAGGCCUUUGGUAUAAUGCUUUGUGUACAAAAUGGUAGACAUUGUAAUUUUAAACAGGUACAUUUUUACAGUGUUUUCUUAUCAAUUUGCUAUAUUGCACAGAACCAGUGUGUCUUUCUUAAGGGUUUUACAAUGGUUUUUACUAGGUUUACAUGUUUCAAACUACACUGUCUUCUACUGCCAUUUUAAAUACCAGUCAAAAACAAUUAGGAGUUUGUCCUCACCGUUUGCAAACUGUCUUCUGGAGUUCUUGAUGGUAAACUUCGUCAAAAAUAUUUAACAUGCAGUAUUUGAUACAUUUUUUUUUAUCACAUCCUAUCGCUAUGCUGCUGUCUGAAGUUAACUUUGGGCCUGAUCCUGCAUCCGUAAAUGCUAUGGGGAUCCUGCAUCCUUUGUUAUGUCUGUCUCAUACACUGGUUUAGCAGCUUCUCCUGUAUUCUUCUCAGUCUAUAGAUAAGCCUCUGAAAUAUAUGUACUUAUCUGGUAUGUAGUAAACCAUUAUAGGCUUAGCUGCCUGUCCUGCUUGCCCCCAGUGUACAGUUUAAACCACAGCUUACUUAGCAUCAUGCUCAACUUACAAGUAAUGCCACAGUAGUUCAAAAUGUGUUUGGGUAGUCCCAAAGCUUUUAUGCAAUAAGGGUGUCUUACUUUUGUUGGAAGGCAGUGUCUUUUGAUAACAGUUAUCUAGCCCUGGAAGUGACACAGAACUAUUGCUAAUCAUAUGUAAACACUUUUCAGUAUAAGCUUCAGUGGUACAGUUGAACCAGAGUGAAUGUUUAUCUCCUCAGAAACACUCCUGCAAUAUUGUUAUAUUGGAUCAUGCUGCUAAUGUAACUUGGGAUACAACUCCUCUCAUGGUGCUACAAACCUCCCUGUCUCAUUCAGAUGUAUUUUUACCCAUAGAAAAAAAAGGACUAUACUAGACCUAUAGUUGUAUGAUAUAUUUUUAUACUGUGACUUAAUUUGUCAUUAAUGAACUUUUGUGCAACACCACAAUGUAUUCAUAUGCACUUGCAAAAGUAAAAUUUUGGACAUGCAAAUUUAAACGCUGACAAGCCCAGCUCUUGUUCACAAAAAUAGGUGACUGCUAGUUAAUGUUAAAUGUGGGCUUUUUAUAUGGUGUGGAGUGAAGAACAUACUAUAUGUUACUAAAAGCCUUAGACAAAAACUGGGAAGAGUAUAUUGGUGAAUGAUGUCACACCCAAACCUGACUCGGAUUGCUGAAAUUAUAUUUUUAGCUAUAAUUGUUUGGACUUGGAAAAAUUGUUUGGACUUGUAUGCUAAAAUUUUUUUAAUGAUAAAAGUUUUGAGUUGGAAAAAAAUAGAGAAAAAAAAAAGAA